CUUCUUCUCUAUUCAAAGUAUUCAUUGUAAUCACCAUUAAAACAAAUAUGACAAAACAAAAGAACAUAAACAGUAUGUUGGACUUUCAAGGUUUUUAAUAUUGUAAGAUUUUGCCAGUCAAAACUCAGAAGAACAAAAAAUGACGAUUACAAGGAUACUGAAGUCACCGUACCUUGUCAUAUGUUGCCUUCUCUUGAUCAUUCUCUGGUUGUUGUCUCAUCAUCUCUCUUGUGCUCCAUACAUGGGUACUAUCAGAGGACCAGAAUUCUCACAUCUUCAACCUGAAUUUCCAGGCCUAUCGAGUCUACUAAAAAAAGUAGCUAACGAAGACAGGGUAGUGAUUAUUACCAUGGUGGAUCAAGAAUGGGCAAAACCUGAAUCCAUUCUUGAUCUGUUCCUUGAGAGUUUUCGGAUUGGAGAAAGAACCAAACACUUGCUGAACCAUUUGAUCGUUGUGGCUUUAGAUGAUCAAGCUCUUAGAUAUUGUCUUCGUGCCCACCCACAUUGUUAUCUUUAUAGAGACUCGACAAAAAAGUCAGAAUCUUUAAAUUCGGAUGGUCUUGUUACCGGUUGGAGCAAGAAGUUUUUGGUUAACGAGAUUCUAAAAAUCGGCUACAACAUAAUGUUCACGGUGAGUUCUCUUAAGUGA